GUCCGUCCUAACGCGCUGUUGAUUCUUCUCCUCAACCUGUGCAUCACUUCUUUUCCUCAAUUAUCUUUUUCAGUAGACAAUGACCGAAGAGUAUGAUUCACUUUGCUUAGGGGAAAGCCCGCCGAACCUGACGGAUCCCUGCGCAUAUGAUGCAUUUCCUGGUUUUCGGCUGAACACAAGCGGAUCAGCGGAGAUGAUUGAAUGAGCGAACGGAGAGGAGAGAGCAACUCCUGAAUGCUGGGCUUCCGAUCGUCAUUAGCAAUAGAGCAAUAACCCGUGCAUAAUAAAAGACAACGUGCCAGAGGGACUUUUAAAGUGGAUAUUGAAACAGAGCUGCUGUCUCGCUUAUGAAGGAAACACAUCAGCUGGCUGGACUGCUUGGCUCCUUUCGCACUGACACUCGUCCAACUCUGAUCUUUUAUAAGCGGCAUGUGUAGUAUGAAGUCAUGUCAAUGGUGACACCCUUCUGGGCUACUGGUCUAAUACACGAUUGCUUCCGUUUGUAUCUUAAUCAACUGAGUAUUUGCGUCGGAUCUGUGACAUUAAUGCAACUUGUGUUGGUAAUGUGAUGAGGCUCCGCUGAGCUCGCAUCUACCUCGGUUAACUGUUCUGUAUUUUCUUGGACUGUAUUGUACUGAGAUUGCUGUAUAUCACCCACCAGCUGUCAAGCUUUGCUGGAGUCGGAGGACGACGUAUAAACAGUAAUCUAGCUGUAUUUCAUGAUUUGAUACUUGAAUUAAUUUGUUGACUGACAAUGAAGAAGUUCUUUGACGCCCGCCGGGAGAUGGUGGGCUCCGGGCCCGGUUCAGGAGCCGGUGUGGGAGGCGGCGCGGGGUCCGGCAGCGGCGGCACGUUUGUCGGACGGGUUUUCACCAUAGGACGGUAUCAAGUCACCGUGGAGGAAACGGUGGCGGAGGGUGGUUUUGCCAUUGUAUUUCUGGUGAGAACUCAUCAGGGUCUCCGCUGUGCGCUGAAGAGGAUGUAUGUCAACAAUGAACACGACCUUCAAGUGUGCAAGAGGGAGAUUCAAAUUAUGAGGGAUCUUGUGGGUAACAAAAAUAUAGUUGGCUUCCUGGACUCCAGCAUCACAGCAGUGGGUUCAGGAGAUGUUUGGGAAGUUCUCAUACUCAUGGACUUCUGUAGAGGUGGGCAGGUAGUGAAUCUGAUGAAUCAGCGUUUACAGACGGGAUUCAGUGAAUUAGAGGUGCUGCAGAUCUUCUGUGACACUUGUGAAGCUGUUGCACGACUGCAUCAGUGCAAAACACCCAUCAUCCAUCGGGACCUCAAAGUAGAAAACAUCUUGCUGCAUGACAGAGGUCAUUAUGUGUUGUGUGAUUUUGGCAGUGCCACUAACAGAUCCCAGAAUCCUCAAGCAGAAGGUGUGGCGACUGUAGAAGAGGAGAUCAAGAAGUACACUACUCUUUCAUAUCGGGCCCCAGAAAUGGUGAAUCUAUAUGGGGGGAAGGUUAUCACUACCAAAGCAGAUAUAUGGGCUUUAGGCUGUUUGCUGUAUAAAUUGUGUUAUUUCACAUUGCCGUUUGGAGAGAGUCAGGUGGCCAUUUGUGACGGCAGCUUCACCAUUCCAGAUAACUCUCGCUACUCACACGACAUGCACUGUCUUAUUCGUUACAUGCUGGAACCGGACCCUGACGUAAGGCCUGAUAUCUACCAGGUGUCAUAUUUCGCUUUUAAACUUGCAGGGAAGGAAUGCCCAGUACAGAAUUUCCACAAUUUAGCCAUUCCAGCCAAACUCCCAGAGCCAAUCAGAGCCAGUGAAGCUGUGGCCAAGAAGAGUCAAAACAAGGCCAGGCUCACUGAUCCAAUCCCCACGACUGAGACUUCAAUAGUGCCACGGCAACGACCCAAACCUGGCCAGGCUCAACCAAUUACAGGCAUCCUGCCCAUACAACCAGCCCUUACGCCUCGCAAAAGAGCCAGUGUGCCCACAGGACCUGCCCAGCCAAUCAAUGUUAAUAUAGCUCCUGGCCAAUCACAGAACCCUCAGCUUCAACAGAUUCCUGUCGCUCAGCAACAAGCCAUUCCCAAUCCAAUACAGGCCACUCCCUCUCCAUCUCAGACCACACCCCAGCAUGGACAACUUUAUGUGCAACAGCAACCUGCAGCUUUCUUUACUGCUCAACAACAGUCUGUCUCUCUGAGUCGUGGGGUGCAUAAAGUAGGCUCUUUGACUCCUCCCUCUUCUCCUAAGAAUGCCCCAAAGGGAGGGCACAGACGAAUUCUGAGUGAUGUCACACACAGCACCAUAUUUGGAGUUCCUGUAAGCAAGUCCACUCAACUGCUUCAAGCCGCCGCAGCCGAGGCCAGCCUGAACAAGUCAAAGUCAGCUAGCACAACUCCCUCUGGUUCUCCACGCUCAUCACAGCAGAGUGUUUAUCAGUCAGGGGAUGCUCCAGGCUCCUCGGCUGGAUCCGCAGCAUCCUGGAACCCCUUUGGCGACGAUAAUUUCUCUAAACUCACAGCUGAAGAGCUACUCAACAAAGACUUUGCUAAACUUGAUGCUAAAACAGCAGAAAUUUCCUGUCCUGAAAAUCUGAUUUCUGGGUUUCAGCCUGUAUCUUCCAAUAAAGGCUUUCUCCAGGGACCAGAGAAGUUGAUCGAGGGUUUGAAGUCUCCCGAGCCCUCUUCCUCCCUCAUUCUCCCUGACCUUCCUUUGAAUGACCCCUUCAGCCCUGCAGACUGUAGUCAUGUUGGGAUGGAUUCUCUGAUUCCUGGUCUGGACCCUAUACAGACUGAACCUGGGUCAGCCACACUACCAGAAUCCUUUGUAUCAGGAGAUUCUCUUUUGGACGGUCCUCUUCUCUCUCACCCCUCCUCUGGGGCUCAAAUACUGGCUUCACCCCCCUCGUCUAUGGACCAGUUUACCCCUGUUGCUCUGAGCAGUGGACAGUCCCUCCAGGCCUCUGAUCCGACUCACUCCCUCUCCGGCUUCCAGUCCUCUGAGACUGGGAUCCAAAGUUCUGAAAACCAGUUUGACCCAAUUCCAGUACUUAUUUCCAAAACCUCCAGCCAAGAAGCCAACAGUAAAAGUGAUGGGUGUAGAACACUUUUAGAGGCUGGUGAUGUUGAGAACCCUGCUGAGGCCUGUCUUCAUUCCAGUGAUGAAGAUGAAGAUGUCAAUAAAGAUGGACUAAGGUCACCGGCGAGUGGCGAAGAAACUCCCAGUCUGGACUGCAGUGGUUCCAGACCUUUACUUCAAGACUCAGAUGAGGAUGAAGCCCAAAGUAACCUCCAGAUGUCUUUAGAAUCUGUUCCACAAUCCUCUCUGGUUAUGCAACAGAACUCAGUACCUGCUCAUGCUCAAAACUACUCGCCUCAACUCCCUUUACAAGUCCAACAUCCCAUCACGGAUCCAAAUCUCGACGUCUUCUCCAAAGCUCCAUUUCGAAUCGGACAAGAAACAGAUAGUGAUGGAGAUGUGUUCGCCAAUGCUCCUUUUCCUCACCUCCCGACUCACUCUCAGCAGCCUGACGUUUUCCUCCAAGCCCCAUUUGGUAGGAAGAAGGAAACUUCUGGAAAGGUUUACACCCUUCCAGUGGCCCAGCCUCGAUUUGUACACACCCAUCCGGGUUCUUCCCAUCCGGUCAGCCUCGACCAGAGCAUCCUUGGCCAGGUGACCCCUCUGCCCUUUCGACCCCAGGCACUCUCGAAGUAUUCCAGACACUAUGAAGGACCCGUGACCACAGACCCUGAUGUGUCCGAUCUGACGUCUGAUGUCACUUCCAGUGACCCGUUUGUCUCGGCACCUUUUCACCUUAAAGGCCGAAUUGAUAAACACUGAGAAUAUAGCUUCUGUAAAACCACACAAUCAACUACACACUGAAAAAUUUCAGCUUAACACAUGAUACCUUUAUUUGCUCUGAUAAAAUGCUGUAUAAUGAGUAGGCCUUCAAUAUUUUAAGGAAUAAAGCACAUUUAUGGCCUCUGGCUGUAUA